CGGUUGUGGUUCGUUCUCCUUCAUCUCCGUCGUCUUCGUCAUAGUCGUUGUCGUUGCGCCCACUAAAAAAAAAAUAAAAAGCUGACAGCCCAAUAAGCAGCAGCUGCUACAGCAAUAUAGCAACAACAACAGGCCUACAUUUUUUAGAUAAAACAACGACGUGUGUGUGUGGAGCGAGCGAGCGUAUUGCAGGGUUUCAAAAGUGUUGCAAGCACAACCAACAACCAACAACAACAAUAAAUAGCCAUGAUUUUUAUAGAUUUUUAAAACAAAUAUCAAUUGAGCGCGCUGAACGGUUAAUUAAACAACAACAACUACACCAAAAAUAAUACAAGAGUGAGCAAUAUAAAAUUACUUAAUAAUUUGUGUGCUUAUUUUGUGUGUGUAAUAAAUGUGUGUGCAACAAGCAGCAAUUCAUUAAAAAUACAGAAAAAAUAAAAAAUACAAAUCAAAUCAAAUAAACAAAUAAAUAAAAAGCGCGUUAAUUCGAUUGUAAAAUGUUUGAGCCGUAUGUGAAAAUCAAAAAAAAGCGAAACGUGCACGAAAUUUAUCAAAAUCAAAAUGAGAAUGUCGUCGAUGUUGUUGUCGAUGUGAAUUUGGAGCAACAGCAGCAGCAGCAACAGCCCCAACAACAGCAACAACAACAACAGCAACUGUCAAGUGAUAAUUGUUGCUGCCAAAGUGGCCCGCAAAAUAAUGUUGCUAGUGUUAGCGCAUUAAGCAGCGCAUUGGCCGAGACGUCAGCAGCGACGCCAGCAGCAGCAGCAGCAACGGCAGCAACAGCGACGCCAGCAGCAACAACAACUGCGAGCAGCAGCAGCAGCAACAAUUGCAGUCGCCUGCAGCAGUUGAUAUCAACGCCUCCAGUAUUACUGCGCAGAUCGUCGCUGUCAACGUCGACGUCGACGUCGGCAUCAGCGUCGCCGUCAGCAGCGGCGUCAACGUUGCCGCAACACCCACACGCUGUUGUGGCAGCUGUGAGCACGCCAACGCCACCGUGGCAGCAACAAGCGGCAGCGCCUUCGGUUUUGCAACAACAUUUGGGUCACCUGAAUUACGAAAGUGGAGCAACUGCAGCAGCAGCAACAGCGGCGGCAACCAGAAGUGGCACAGCAACAACACUGGCGCAACAUUUGGCAACACCCAGCAGCAUAUUGCAGGCAGCAUUCAGCAACAACAACAGUAGCAACAGCAACAACAACAGCAUUAGCGGCAGCAACAGCAACUUGCAACACAUUUUAACGCGCGCACAAAGUUCCUCUACCUCCACCUCCUCCUCAUCCUCCUCCUCAACCAAUUCCAAUUCAAGCUCCUCAAACAACUGCAGCAGCGCCUGUGCAGGCAACAGGCACUACAACGGUGGCAACAACAACAGCAACAGCAUUAUUGCCAGCCGCCUUUUUGGACCAACUUCGUCUAGUGCAAGCUCCAGUUCAUCAUUAGCUGCAGCGAGUUCAUCAGCCUCUGCCUCUUCCUCUGCCUCUGCCUCAUCGACGUCGCAUCUCCUGUCGCCGCAUCACCAUCUGCAUAGCCAUCAUUCCGCGUUGACCAAUUCCAUAACGAAUCGUAUUAAUCAAUCGAUACGGCGGCAUCUCAACCAGCAACAGCAUCAUCACCACAACAACAACAACAACAACAACAACGCCUCAACCUCAACUUCAUCGAACAGCAGCAGCAGCUCGAAUUCUGCCUCAGUUGCUGCCUCCUCGUCGCACUAUCAACAACAGCAACAACAUUUUAAUUGCGUGCAUCCUGCACAACAGCAACAUCAACAACAUCAACAGCAGCAGCAGCAUCACAGCAACCAUCAUCACCACAGCAGCAAUCACCAUCAACAACAGCAGCAUCAUCAUCACCACCACCACCAACAACAUCAACAACAACAACAACAACAAAAUCAACAUCAUCAACAACAACAACAACAACAAUCUCCUCUGUGCCUAGUAUUAUUAGUUAAAUGCCCAAAUUCAAAGGAGUUUUGUAACGCCGCCGCAAAUUUCUGUGAUAAAAGAUUGCCGGUGAACGAAUGUCAGGCAAGCCAAACAGCUAGAGUCACCUCGAACCUGCACGCAUCCAGUAGCACAAUGGCGGUCAGCCGUGUUCCCUCACCGCCCUUGCCGGAAGUUAAUACGCCAGUUGCUGAGAACUGGUGUUAUACGCAGGUCAAAGUGGUUAAAUUUAGUUAUAUGUGGACCAUAAAUAACUUUAGUUUUUGUCGGGAAGAAAUGGGUGAAGUACUCAAAUCGUCCACAUUCUCAGCCGGUGCUAAUGACAAACUAAAAUGGUGUUUACGGGUAAAUCCCAAGGGACUAGAUGAGGAAAGCAAGGAUUACUUAUCAUUAUAUUUACUGUUAGUUUCGUGUAACAAAUCUGAAGUCAGAGCCAAGUUCAAAUUUUCCAUAUUAAAUGCAAAACGUGAGGAAACCAAAGCAAUGGAAUCCCAGCGAGCUUAUCGUUUCGUGCAGGGCAAAGAUUGGGGCUUUAAGAAGUUCAUACGCCGCGAUUUCCUUUUGGACGAGGCCAAUGGCCUGCUGCCCGAGGAUAAGCUGACCAUAUUCUGUGAGGUCAGCGUUGUGGCGGACAGUGUGAACAUCUCCGGACAAUCCAAUAUUGUGCAGUUCAAAGUGCCGGAGUGCAAGCUCUCUGAAGAUCUCGGCAAUCUCUUUGACAAUGAGAAAUUCAGCGACGUAACGCUCUCGGUGGGUGGCCGUGAGUUCCAAGCGCACAAAGCCAUUUUGGCAGCGCGCAGUGAUGUCUUCGCGGCCAUGUUUGAGCACGAGAUGGAGGAGCGCAAGCUGAAUCGUGUCGCCAUAACCGAUGUGGAUCAUGAGGUACUCAAAGAGAUGCUUCGAUUCAUCUACACAGGCAAGGCGUCGAACCUAGAAAAAAUGGCUGAUGAUCUCUUAGCGGCUGCUGAUAAGUACGCACUCGAAAAGCUGAAAGUGAUGUGCGAGGAGGCGCUGUGCGUCAAUCUCUCUGUAGAAACAGCAGCCGAAACGUUAAUAUUAGCUGAUCUCCACAGUGCGGAUCAAUUGAAAGCACAAACGAUAGAUUUCAUUAAUACUCAUGCCACCGAUGUGAUGGAAACCUCUGGCUGGCAAAAUAUGAUCACAACACAUUCACAUUUGAUAGCGGAGGCAUUUCGUGCCCUCGCAACACAACAAAUCCCACCAAUUGGACCACCAAGGAAACGCGUGAAAAUGAGCUGAAACCAUAAUGCAGAAGUAAACUGUCAAAUAGCAUCAACAACAACAAAAAACAACAACAAGAGCAAACACAAUAACACCAACCAGCAACAACAACAAUACCUACAAGAGCAACAAUAAUAAUUAUAAUAAAGUAAACAAAUGUAAAGCAAUUUUCAAUAGUUGCCUACAAAUUGAAGAAGAAUAUUUCAACAGAUUUCAAACAAAUGCAACAUUAAUUAAGGCAGCUACUAAUAUUAUUAUCAAUAACAACUACAGUAAAACAUCAAUAAACUGGCUGCAGCCAGCGGUAGAAGAAGCAACAACAAAAGCAAAAGCAAGCAGCGAAAUGUGGAUUGUUUCCAAAUCGGUUAAUUUUAUUUUCAAUAACUUGAUAAUUGUAAUAUUCUUAUUUUGUUGAUUUAUGAUUAUGUUUAAUGUUUAUUUUUAAGAAACAAAAACAACAAAAAAAAAACGAAAACAAAAAAACAAACAAAACAAUGAGAGAACAGAGAAAAACAAAACAAAAAACCGGAAUGCAACAAAUUUAUAAAUAAAAAAAAUAAUAUAAAAUGAAAUCAAUUUAAUAAGUGAAGAGAAAGAGAGAGAGGAAGUUUAUUAAGAAGAAAUGAAGGCAAAUAUAAUCAUAUGCAUAAAAAUAAUAAUAAAAUAAAAUAAAGUAAAAACUUUGCGUAACUAUUAUUAUAAUUAUGAUUAUUAUUAUUAUUAUUGUGUAAUUCUAUUAUUAUUAUGAUUACCGCGUAUAAUUACAAAGCGUACACUUUGAUUGUGAUGUAUAUUCGAUGAGUAUGACUAAUGCAUAAUGAUACGGAUAUGAUAAUGAAGUUGAUUUAUAUAUUGUGUAUAUGUAAACUCUGCUAAUUGAAUUCAAGAGAGCAUUAAAGGUUUUAUUUUUGUAUUUACCGAAUGAAAAACACUCCCCCCCCUCAACUCCACAAAGCACUCACACACACACAUACACUCACUCAAUUACACACUGACAUCAGCCUCAAGAGAAGAAUCUUACUUCAUUAAAGAGCUGCAACCACCGCCGUUACAACAACACACCACACAACAACAACAACAACUACAAGAACACCACAAGCAGUAAAUUUGAAACAUUUGUAUACAUUAAAUUUCUAUUCUAUUUUCGUUAAACAAAACAAAUAAAAAUAAACUCCAAUGUUUUUUUUGUUUUUAA